CUCUCUCUCUCUCUCUCUCUCCCUCUCUCUCUAUCUCUCUCUCUCUUUCUCUCUCUCUCUCACACACACAUACACACGCGCACACACACACACACACACACACACACACACACAUACACACUCUCUUGCACACACACAGGCACGUACACGCACACGCGCGCGCGCACACAAACACACACACACACACACAUACACACACACAUACACACACACUCACACAAACACACACACACACACACACACACACACACACACACACACUCACACACACAUCGCAGUUUGCCUUUCUCCCUCUCGGGAUUUGCAACUGGAUUGCUUUCCGCAGGAUUUCACCGAGGCGUUAGCGAUCUCUCUCCUCUGCGCUGGUGUCUAACCUCCUGUCCAAUGCAUGCUAUGUCAGCGGGCCGGCAGAAGACCUGGUUCCCUCACCACGGUCCGCCCGCUGCCGCUCAGUGAAGCCGGAUUCUGUACGUGUUGGAAUGAAAGCUUUCACCCCUUGGAUGGAGAUGACGGCCGGGACAGCGCUGAGGUUUCUACUGCUCUUCUGCUAUAUCGGACUGACGGCUGCAGACGGCGAGCAGAGCUGUGGUGGGUUAGUGCAAGGCCCUAAUGGCACCAUCGAGAGCCCCGGAUUCCCUUAUGGAUAUCCGAAUUAUGCAAACUGCACCUGGAUUAUCAUUACUGGGGAACGAAACCGGAUACAGCUGGUGUUCCAGAUCUUCGCUUUGGAAGAAGACUUUGAUAUCUUAUCUAUCUACGAUGGUCAGCCGCAGCAGGGAAACUUGAAGAUGAGGGUGACUGGCUUUCAACUUCCAUCGCCGAUUGUGAGCUCAGGUUCAAUCCUCACCCUUUGGUUCACCACUGACUUCGCAGUCAGCGCACAAGGAUUCAAGGCAGUUUAUGAAGUUUUGCCAAGCCACACCUGUGGCAAUCCAGGAGUGAUUCCCAAAGGAGUUCUGCACGGAACCAGAUUCAACAUUGGGGAUAAGAUCCGGUACACCUGUGUCGCAGGCCACAUACUGGAGGGUCACGCAGUACUGACCUGUAUCGUCAGUCCUGGCAAUGGAGCAUCAUGGGACUUCCCACCACCAUUUUGCAGAGCUGAAGGAGCUUGUGGUGGGACGUUGCGAGGAACCAGUGGGGUGAUUUCAAGUCCACAUUUUCCUUCAGAGUACAACAAUAAUGCUGACUGCACAUGGAGCAUCCUGGCAGAGCCUGGUGAUACCAUUGCACUCAUCUUCUCAGACUUUCAGCUUGAGGACGGAUACGAUAUCCUGGAAAUUAGUGGGGCCGAAGCACCAACAAUAUGGUUGACAGGUUUCAAUCUGCCAUCACCGGUCAUCAGCAGCAAGAACUGGCUGCGGUUACAUUUCACCUCAGACAGCAACCACCAACGGAGAGGCUUUAGCGCACAAUAUCAAGUCAAAAAGGCAAUUGAACUGAAGUCUCGAGGAGUCAAAAUGCUUCCCAGCAAAGACAGCGACCACAAGAACUCUGUCUUGAGUCAAGGAGGAGUGGCCCCCGUGUCUGGCAUGUGUCCUGAUCCUGGAAUUCCAGACAAUGGCAGGAGAACUGGCUCUGACUUCAGGUUGGGAGCCAGUUUACAGUUCGCAUGUGAAGAUGGUUAUGUCCUUCAGGGCUCCAAAGGCAUCACCUGUCAGAAGGUGACAGACACAUUGGCCGCGUGGAAUGACCACAGACCAGUCUGUCGGGCAAGAACAUGUGGCUCCAACCUACAUGGUCCAAGUGGUGUCAUCACAUCUCCCAAUUACCCCGUCCAGUACGAGAAUAAUGCACACUGCAUCUGGGUUAUUAGCACCACAGACCCUGAUAAGAUCAUCAAGCUGAAGUUUGAAGAGUUUGACCUGGAACGAGGUUAUGACACCUUGACAGUGGGAGAUGGAGGAAAAGUCGGAGACACUAGGACAGUUCUGUAUGUACUUACAGGCUCGAGCGUCCCUGACUUGAUUGUCAGCAUGAGCAAUCAAAUGUGGCUCCAUUUACAGUCUGAUGAAACCAUUGGAUCACUUGGAUUUAAGGCUAUCUACCAAGAAAUUGAAAAGGGAAGCUGUGGUGAUCCUGGAGUUCCAGCUUAUGGGAAAAGAAGUGGGAACAGCUUUCUGCAUGGAGACACAUUGACAUUCGAAUGUCAGUCAGCCUUCGAGCUGGUGGGAGAGCGGACAAUUACUUGCCAACAGAACAAUCAGUGGUCUGGCAACAAACCCAGCUGCGUGUUUUCCUGUUUCUUCAACUUCACUACACCAUCGGGAGUCGUGCUGUCUCCAAACUACCCAGAAGAGUACGGCAACAACAUGAACUGCGUGUGGCUCAUCAUUGCGGAACCAGCCAGCCGGAUCCACCUGAUCUUCAAUGACUUCGAUGUUGAGCCUCAGUUCGAUUACCUGACCAUAAAGGAUGAUGGAACUGCAGACUCCACUGUUCUCGGGACCUUCUCUGGCAACGACGUCCCCUCCCAGCUGGCCAGCAAUGGCCACAUCACCCGCCUGGAGUUCCAGUCCGACCAUUCAACCACUGGGCGAGGCUUCAACAUCACCUACACAACUUUUGGCCAAAAUGAAUGCCAUGAUCCGGGUAUUCCGAUCAAUGGAAGACGCUUUGGUGAUAUCUUCCUGCUGGGAAGUUCUGUGUCUUUCCACUGCGAUGAAGGCUUUAUCAAAACACAAGGAUCAGAGACAAUAACCUGCAUAAUGCAGGAAGGAAAUGUCAUUUGGAACUCUGCUGUGCCGCGGUGUGAAGCACCUUGUGGUGGCCACUUGACAGCACCCACUGGUAUAAUACUAUCACCAGGAUGGCCCGCAUAUUACAAGGACUCUCUGAACUGUGAAUGGGUGAUUGAAGCAGAGCAACGACAUUCCAUCAAAAUAACAUUUGACAGGUUUCAAACUGAAGUUAAUUAUGACACAUUAGAAAUCCGAGAUGGGCCUGUUAAUUCUUCACCUUUAAUUGGAGAAUAUCAUGGUACCCAAGCCCCACAGUUUCUAAUCAGCACUGGUAACUUCAUGUACCUUCUGCUGACGACUGACAACAGCCGUUCAAGUGUUGGUUUCCAGAUUCGUUAUGAAAGUGUCACCUUAGAAUUAGAUUCUUGUUUAGACCCAGGAAUUCCUGUCAAUGGGCGUCGACAUGGAAACAACUUCUCAAUCGGAUCGACCGUGACCUUCAGUUGUUGUCCAGGUUACACCGUGAGCGAUGACAAGCCCCUAAUUUGUGAAGAUAACCGCCAGUGGAACCAUGCAUUGCCAAGCUGUGAAGCUUUCUGUGGUGGUUACAUCCAUGCUGCAAGUGGAACUAUUCUGUCACCCGGAUUCCCCGAUUUCUAUCCCAAUUCCUUAAAUUGUACCUGGAUAAUUGAGGUGUCACACGGAAAAGGUGUACAAUUGGUAUUUCAUACCUUUCACCUUGAGAACUCGCAUGACUAUCUAAUUAUCACAGAAGACGAGAGCUUCAUGGAUCCAGUAACAAGACUGACUGGCUCUGCCUUGCCUCCAACCAUCAAUGCGGGUCUCUAUGGAAAUUACACCGCACAAUUACGCUUCAUCUCAGAUUUCUCUGUGUCUUACGAAGGGUUCAACAUCACAUUCUCAGAGUAUGAUCUGGAGCCCUGUGAUGAUCCUGGUGUUCCUGCUUUUAGUCGGAGAAUUGGGUUCCAGUUUGAAGUUGGAGACUCGUUGAAAUUUUCCUGCUUUCCGGGAUAUAGACUGGAAGGUGCUUCUCAGAUCACCUGUUACGGAGGAGGAAGGCGGGUGUGGAGUGCACCUCUUCCAAGGUGUGUGGCUGAAUGCGGAGCCUCUGUAAUUGCAACGGAAGGUACGUUGCUGUCGCCAAAUUACCCAGUGAACUACGAGAACAAUCAUGAAUGCAUCUACAGAAUUGAGACACAGCCAGGGAAAGGCAUCAGCCUUCGUGCUAGAACAUUUAAUCUUCAGGAGGGUGAUGUUGUCAAGGUCUAUGACGGAAAAGAUAAUUCCUUUCGUCGCCUUGGGGUUUUUACCAAAUCCGAAUUGCUGAGAGUUACCUUAAACAGCACAUCAAAUCAUAUGUGGCUAGAAUUUAACACAAAUGGAUCAGGGACUGACCAGGGAUUUGAUCUCACCUAUACCAGUUUUGAGCUGAUGAAGUGUGAGGAUCCAGGAAUUCCAAACUACGGUUACAAGUUACGGGAUGGAGGGCUUUUUGCGGACACUGUGGUCCUGUACAGCUGUAACCCAGGAUAUACGUUACAUGGGAGCAAUACCUUAACCUGCCUCAGUGGAAAUCGUAGAGUAUGGGACAACCCAUUGCCUUCAUGUGUUGCUGAGUGUGGGGGCCACUUUAAGAGCGCAACAGCUGGAAGGAUCCUGUCUCCUGGGUACCCGGCCCCAUACGACCACAACGUCCACUGCACUUGGAUUAUAGAAGCUGACGCAGGGAAAACAGUCAGCCUUCACUUUAUUGUCUUUGACACUGAGGCAUCACACGACAUCCUGAAGGUGUGGGAUGGUCCGAUAGAGAGUGACAUGUUGCUGAAGGAGUGGAGUGGUUCCUCAUUGCCCGAUGACAUCCACAGCACAUUUAAUUCCAUCACACUUCAUUUUGACAGUGACUUCUUCAUCAGCAAGACAGGCUUCUCCAUUCAGUUCUCAACUUCAACAGCGACUACUUGCAAUGAUCCUGGAGUUCCCCAGAAUGGGACAAGGAGUGGAGACAGCCGAGAGCCGGGGGAUACCGUGACCUUCCAGUGUGAUCCAGGGUAUCAGCUAGAAGGAACUGCUAAAAUCAUGUGCGUGCAGCUGGACAAUAGAUUCUUCUGGCAACCUGAUCCCCCAAGCUGUACAGCUGCCUGUGGCGGGAACAUGACAGGCCCCAUGGGUGUCAUUUUAUCACCCAACUACCCUCAGCCUUAUCCUCAUGGGAAAGAAUGUGACUGGACAAUUAAAGUUAGUCCGGACUACGUCAUUGCACUCAUCUUUAAAAGUUUCCACAUGGAGCCCAGCUAUGAUUUUCUUCACAUUUAUGAAGGGGAAGAUUCCAACAGCCCGUUAAUUGGCAGCUUCCAAGGAUCGCAAUCACCUGAAAGAAUUGAAAGUAGUGGCAACAGUCUUUUCUUGGCAUUUCGUAGCGAUGCAUCUGUCAGCAUGACGGGAUUUGCUAUUGAGUAUAAAGAGAAACCACGGGAAGCUUGUUUUGACCCAGGGAAUAUAAUGAACGGCACACGGAUUGGCAUGGAUUUCAAACUCAGCUCCAGUGUCACCUAUCGGUGCGAUGACGGCUAUAAAUUGGCAAACUCGGCUACCAUCACAUGUGUCAUCGGGAGUGAAGGAAAGCCAGUCUGGAACAGGGCUCUUCCUUCCUGCAAAGCUCCGUGUGGAGGACAGCACACUGGAUCUCAAGGAGUGGUUCUCUCACCAAAUUACCCUCGCAAUUAUUCAAGCGGACAGACCUGUUUGUACUCCAUUACAGUGCCAAAGGAAUUCGUGGUUUUUGGACAAUUUGCAUAUUUUCAGACAGCACUGAAUGACAUGGUGGAGCUGUUUGAUGGACACAGCCAACAAGACAGGCUUCUUGGUUCUCUUUCUGGAUCACACUCUGGAGAAACCUUGCCUCUGGCUACAUCGAACCAAAUUUUGCUCAGAUUCAGUGCGAAGAGUAGAGCAUCGUCGAAAGGUUUUCACUUUGUUUAUCAAGCUGUUCCACGUACUAGUGCCACUCAAUGUAGCUCGGUUCCCGAGCCCAGGUAUGGCCGGAGAAUAGGAUCGGAAUUUUCCGCUGGCUCCAUUAUCCGUUUCGAAUGCAACCCAGGAUAUCACCUUCAGGGCUCCACAGCCAUUCGAUGUCACGCUGUGCCUAAUGGCUUGGCGCAGUGGAAUGACACAAUACCAAGCUGUGCAGUACCCUGUGAAGGGAACCUGACUGACCGCAGGGGUACCAUUCUCUCUCCUGGCUAUCCAGAGCCAUAUGGUAAUAGCUUGAACUGCGUGUGGAAGAUAACGGUAACCGAGGGAGCAGGUAUACAGAUUCAAGUGAUAAGCUUCGCCACUGAACACAACUGGGACUCCUUAGAAAUAUAUGAUGGCGGUGAUGCAACAGCACCAAGACUUGGGAGCUUCUCAGGUACCACUGUGCCUGCUUUAUUGAACAGCACCUCCAAUCAACUCUACCUGCACUUUCAUUCUGAUAUCAGUGUGGCAGCAGCAGGUUAUCACCUGGAAUACAAAACUGUUGGCCUAACAACAUGCCCUGAUCCAGUGGUUCCAAGCAACGGGGUAAAGUUUGGAGACAGAUAUCUGGUUAAUGAUGUGGUGUCCUUCAGCUGUGAGUCCGGCUACACACUUCAAGGACAAGCCCAUGUUUCUUGCAUGCCUGGGACUGUCCGACGUUGGAACUAUCCACCACCAAUCUGCGUUGCUAAAUGUGGAGGGAUACUGAUGGAACUGAAGAAUGUCAUACUUAGCCCUGGAUUUCCUGGAAAUUACCCUAGCAACCUGGAUUGUUUGUGGAAGAUUUUAUUGCCCAUUGGAUACGGUGCUGAGAUUCAGUUUCUGAAUUUUUCAACUGAAGCCAAUCAUGACUUCUUGGAGAUUCAAAAUGGACCAGGUGACACCAGCUCUUUGAUCGGACAGUUCAGUGGAGUGGAUCUCCCACCUGCUCUGCUCAGCACGACUCAUGACACAAUCAUCCACUUCUACAGCGAUCACUCAGAGAACAAGCAAGGGUUCAAGCUUGUCUACCAAGCUUAUGAACUUCAGAACUGUCCUGAUCCUACACCAUUUCAAAAUGGCUUUGUCAUCAAUUCUGGUUAUAGUGUUGGGCAGUCUAUAUCAUUCGAAUGUUACCCGGGUUACGUGCUGGUUGGACAACGCGUUCUCACAUGCCAUCAUGGAAUCAAAAGGGACUGGAGCCAUCCAUUCCCACGAUGUGAAGCUCCUUGUGGACUUAACAUAACGUCUCGGAAUGGCACCAUCUACUCUCCUGGGUUUCCGAAUGAGUACCCCAAUUCAAGGGACUGCAGCUGGCUUAUUACUGUGCCUUCAGGACACGGGAUUUAUAUCAACUUCACUCUGCUGCAGACAGAACCAGUCAAUGACUAUAUUGCAGUCUGGGAUGGACCUGACCAGUCUGCUCCACAGUUAGGAGUCUUCAGUGGCAACACAGCCCUGGAAUCUGCAUACAGCACCACCAAUCAGGUCCUUAUCAAGUUUCACAGUGACUUCUCUGGAGGGGGAUUCUUCGUCCUCAAUUUUCACGCCUACUGGCUCAAGAAGUGUCAACCUCCCCCAGUUAUUCCUCUGGCCACUGUGUAUUCUGAGGAUGAAGACUAUGAAGUAGGUGAUGUUGUGAAGUACCAGUGUCCACUUGGAUUCACUCUGGUUGGCAGUGAACUCAUGGUUUGCAGACUGUUAACCCAGCUGCAGUUUGAGGGGACACCUCCAUCUUGUGAAGCGCAAUGCCCUAUGAAUGAAAUUCGGCGAAGCUCAUCAGGAGUAAUAUUAAGUCCAGCAUACCCAGAAAAUUAUCCCAACUUCCAAACUUGCUCCUGGACAAUCAGAGUGGAACCUCGGUACACUAUUUCUCUAUAUGUGGAGAUGUUUCAAAGUGAGAAACAGUUCGAUGAGCUGAGUAUAUUUGAUGGACCCACGGGUCAAAGUCGACUAUUGAUCGUUCUUAGUGGGAAUCACACGGGGCAGAUGAACUUAACCAGCACAGGAAGACAAGUGCAUUUGCGCUGGUCGACUGAUCAUGCAACGAACAAAAGAGGGUUCAAGAUCCGAUAUUCAGCUCCCUACUGCAGCUUGGACAGUGUCCCGUUGAACGGUGGAAUCCUGAAUAAAACAUCUGGAACACCUAGAAGCCUGGUACAGUUUUACUGCAGAACAGGAUAUCGGUUGGUUGGUCGGAGUAACGCCACCUGUCGACGGUUUCCGAAUGGCUCGUAUCGCUGGGACACUGCAGUUCCCUUCUGCCAAGCCAUCAAAUGUGGUCUCCCAAAGUCCCCUGGAAAUGGUUCAGUGGUUGGCAGAGACUAUAGCAUGGGCAGUCAGGUCCACUAUCGGUGCAAUGAGGGCUUCACUCUGGAAUCCGAGCACCAAGCCACGGCCGUUUGCAGGGAGGAUGGAAAAUGGAGUAAUAACUGGAAGACCCCACGAUGUAAACCUGUGCCUUGCCCUCCCAUCGAGACGACUCAUUCAAGGGAUGUCCUCAGGCGACUUGUCCGUGGGUCAACAAAUGAAUACGGAACUAAAGUCAUGCUAAGCUGCAAACCUGGUUAUUACUUAAGGGGCCACAAGUUCAUAGAGUGUCAAGCAAAUGGCACAUGGAGUGGAUCUAAUGAAAAAUCAACCUGCGAAAUUAUCUCGUGUGGUGAUCUACCCACUCCACCAAAUGGCAAUAAGAUUGGAACAUUGCAGACAUAUGGGGCCACUGCAAUCUUCACAUGUAACUCUGGAUACACACUGGCUGGAUCUCAUGUUCGAGAGUGUCAAGUAAAUGGUCUGUGGAGUGGAGUGGAGACCAGAUGCCUGGCUGGCCACUGUGGCUCCCCAGAUCCCAUCGUAAAUGGUCAUAUCAGUGGAGAUGGUUUUAGCUAUCGUGAUACCGUUGUCUAUCAGUGCAAUCCAGGUUUCCGUCUUGUUGGCUCCUCUGUAAGAAUUUGUCAGCAGGCCCAUAAAUGGUCAGGACAGCCAGCAGUCUGUGUCCCCAUCACUUGUGGUCAUCCAGGGAAUCCAGUUCAUGGAAAAACCAAUGGCAGCCAGUUCAAUCUCAAUGAUGUUGUCAACUUUACCUGCAACAAGGGAUAUUCACUAAGAGGUGCAUUGAGAGCUCAGUGCAGAGCGAAUGGUCAGUGGAGCAGCCCAUUACCAACCUGUCAAGUGAUAAAUUGUACAGAUCCUGGGUAUGUGGAGAAUGCCAUUCGUCUGGGACAGGAAGAUCAACUGCAGAGUUUCAAGUUUGGAAGCAGUGUGAUAUACCAGUGUAAAUGGAGUUUCUACCUUCUUGGCUCAGCUGUGUUAACCUGCCAGGUGAAUGGCUUGUGGGACCGAACUCGCCCAAGCUGCUUACCUAUUUCUUGCAGUCAGCCUGAAGUCCCAGUGAAUGGCCAGCUCUUUGGAGACAAGUUUACCUUUGGGUCCAUAGUUCAUUACACUUGUGGUGGAUCUCGAAUGAUAAUUGGAAAUGAUACCCGUGUUUGUCAGGAGGACGGUCACUGGAGUGGCUCACUUCCACAUUGCUCAGGUGAUAGUGCUGGCUUAUGUGGAGAUCCUGGCAUCCCAGUUCAUGGUUCAAGACUAGGUGAUGAGUUCAAGAUAAGGAGUCUCCUGCGCUUUAACUGCGAAGCUGGUUAUAUACUAAGAGGAUCUUCGGAACGAUCCUGCAAACCAGAUGGAUCCUGGUCAGGAAUUCAACCAGUGUGUGAAGCUGUGUCAUGUGGGAAUCCUGGUACACCAGAAAAUGCGAGAAUAGUUUACAGCGACGGUAUUCUCUUCUCCAGCUCCAUAACUUAUGCCUGCCGGGAAGGUUAUAAAACAUCUGGGCUCACAACACGGCACUGUACUGCGAAUGGAACGUGGACAGGAUCAGCUCCUGAUUGCACAGUUAUUGACUGUGGUGAUCCAGGUGCAUUAGCUAAUAGCAUUCAUCUGGGAAAUGACUUCACCUAUAAUAAGACAGUGACAUAUCAGUGCAACCCAGGCUUCUGGAUGGAAACUGCUUCAUCUUCCACUCUCCGCUGCAUGAAGAAUGGUUCUUGGAAUCAGACCAAACCUGUCUGUAAAGUUAUCACUUGCACACAGCCACCCCGUGUGCUCCAUGGGCGUGUACAGGGAUCGGAUUUCAGAUGGGGCUCCAGCAUCAGCUACACCUGCUCUGAAGGAUAUCAACUUUCUUUGCCAGCUAUUCUGACCUGUGAAGGAAAUGGUAUUUGGAGAGGGGAGGUCCCACAAUGCUUGCCCAUUUUCUGUGGUGACCCAGGGACACCAGUCAAUGGGAAAAUUGAAGGGCGGAGUUUCACCUACAAAUCUGAAGUAUCUUUCCACUGCCGAACUCCAUUGCUGCUGGUUGGGUCGUCCAGAAGAGUUUGCCAAGCUGACGGAUUUUGGAGUGGCAUUCAGCCAUCCUGCAUUGAUCCAACACACACAAUAUGUUCGGAUCCAGGCACUCCUCACUUUGGAAUACAAAACAGCUCACAAGGCUAUGAGGUGGGAAGCACUGUAUUUUUCAAAUGUCGGAAAGGUUACCAUAUCCAAGGCUCCACAACACGAUCCUGCCUCGCCAAUUUAACCUGGAGUGGUAUACAUCCUGAAUGCAUUCCUCACAACUGCCGACAACCAGAAACCCCUGUAAAUGUGGAUGUGAGAGCCAUUGAACUACCAACAAUGGGAUACACCUUGAUUUACACCUGCCAGCCAGGGCUGUACCUGGCAGGUGGAUCAGAGCACCGGGCAUGCAAGAGCGAUGGAAAAUGGUCAGGGAAGCCACCGGUAUGUCGAGCUGGACCCAAAAUGAACGGGAAACCAAAAGAGACUGAUUCAGGAUCCCACAGGACGAAGGCUCCAGUUCCUCCAGAUGUGUUUGCCCAUAAUUCUCUUUGGAAGGGCUUCUACGAAUACCUUGGAAAGAAACAGCCAGCAACGCUAACAGUUAAUUAUUUUAAUAUUUCCAGUGGUCGAGUGAAUGUUACUUUCAUUGAACACAGCAGCAUGGAGCUAAAGCUCUCAGGAAUCUACAAGAGAGAAGAGACUCGACUUUAUUUAAAAGUGUAUCAGAUUAAAGGACCUAUUGAGAUCUUUGUAAGCAAGUUCAGAAAUGAUAACUGGGCUUUGGAUGGUCAUGUAUCAGCUGAUCCUGAAGGAACGUUUGUCUACCAGGGAUUUGUUCAAGGCAAAGACUUUCGGCAGUUUGGCUUUCAGAGACAAGGGCCACCAGGAGGUUCACUGGGCAGGGACAAAUCUAACUAUUACUACGGCACAAACAGCAGUUCUGUAGCAGCUGCCAUCCUGGUCCCAUUCUUUGCCCUCAUCCUGGCAGGAUUUGCUUUUUACCUCUACAAACACAGGACGGUGACUCAUGCUGGGGUACGCUUCCAUAGGCGUCGGCAGCCUUCCAGCACCUUGCCCAAGUGGCCAUUCUUCAUGUGUGAGCCUAGACGAACAAGACCAAAAGUACAAUAUAAUGGGUAUGUUGGCCAUGAAAACACAAAUGGACAGGCUUCUUUUGAAAAUCCAAUGUAUGAUACUAACUUAAAACCUACCGAGGCAAAGGCUGUGAGGUUUGACACAACACUGAACACUGUGUGUACAGUUGUAUAGCCAUCAGUUUGACUGCUGAGUAACUGAUAUUAGCCAUACCUCUACCCGGUGAGCAGCAGCCACUCCAGUGCCAUGUCCCAACCACAUCGCUCUGUCUUACUGCUUGCUCUGCAGUGGUACUCUGACAACUUUUGAUAGGACAAACCAAGGCAAUGGAGUCUCUUACUUUUGGCUGGGACAAUCCUUUCAGACGAACAGUCCCUUCAGAUGUCUAACACAGGAAGGACCCAAACCAUGGAUGGGUUUGAAUCUUCCUGUUUUGAAUCCAAAUAACAGAUCUGUUUGGGGAGAUGUGAGUUAGGCAUCUGGAUGACAUAACCUACCCAAAUAGCUGAUUAUUUUUUGACUACAUAUUCUUCCAAGAAGAGGUGAAAAUGGACAAGGAGAACAAACUUAUUCCAUUACCGAUACUAACAGACUCUAGAUGAAUCUAAUAUUUGCAGCUGCCUACUUCACACGAAAAGAAAAGACCAUCAUCCUCAAGCAGGGCAGCGCUGGAAUUAUUUUCAUUCAUUAUAUGGAAAGCUUACUGCACAAUUCUUUGCACUAGUGCAUUAUGAAUGAAUGAGCAGGAUACUGGCAUUAAUUAGAGUACAGGGUUUUGCCACACUGUCCAUUGUACGUAACAGCAAAAUUUGCUUUAAUAAGAAUUAAUUUUCCAUUGCUGAACAUCACAUAAUCUUACCAAUACGGAUAGAUAUUAGAGCAUUGCAAUAUUAUUUCCUUCAGAUAUGCAUUCUUAAAGAGUUGGUUUCCGUUGAGAUUAUACUUGUAUAUGGAAACAAAAUUGAGAGUUUUUAAUGAUUCCUCUGGGAAAAAGAAAUCAAUUGAAUAUUGUUGUUUGAAUAAGUUGUUAAAAGCCAAAAAAAGCUGAAUUUUUAAUACAAUAUUAUAUUUCCAAACAACUAGUAUUUUCUGUCUCUCCACAGGCUGAAGUGAAUAACAAAAUUCUAUUCUGUUGUCCAAAUAGCUUAUAUAAAUACUGCCUUUUAUAAAUUAUAUCCAGAGGAAAAAGAAAAUACUUUUAUUUUCCCAAAAAGAGUGUGUGAAAAGUUGUUGCCUCAAAUUGUCUGUUUCAGUUGCUUAUUUCAGGCGUUGCAGAGGGAGAAGGUGAGAGUUCCUUAGCGGAGAUGGUGCUGAGACUCCCCUGUGGAUAUUGGGUACACUGUACCUUCAACUAUUCAUCCAGUUUUGUGGGUAGAAAAUGUCCUCCACCCUCAUGGAAGAAGAUCGCUCAUGAGGGGAUAAAAGUUAGUACUUGUCAAUUCUUGAUGUCGAGAUGAAACGCAACCAGUGACCCAGUUGCCUGCUCUUUCCAGACAAACUACGCACAGAUAGGGUAUGAAGCAGAAAACUGAUUCAGUUAAAUAAACCUAAAGUCUCGGGGUGAAAGUGUGCAUGUUGCACAGUACUGAAGAGGAAAUUGGGGAUACUUUUCUUUCUGGACAAGGUUACCUUCAUCCAAAAAGAGUGCCUUCACUUCUGACCUCUAUUCUCAUAGCUUUACUGACAACCACUUCAUACUGUGAAAAAGAAUCACAGUAAGCAUUUGUGAUUUCUUUAGUAGCAACCUACUAAAAGGGAACACUGCCUCAUUCAUCAUAACAGCAUAGAAAUCAGAAAAAAAAAUAGAAAUCGUGAAUCAUCACAAUGAAUAGAAAAUAUGUUGUGUGUUCAUUACACACAAACAAUCAGUUUUACCAAGGUGUGGACAAAGCCCACGUGAUAGUAAACUAGGAGAGGGGUGAAGCGGGGCAGUCACUGUCUAACAGAAGCUUAGACAUUACUGCUGAUGUUUACUUAAAUGGAUUUACAUAACCCAAUAAUAGACUGAAAUGACAUUUUUAAAAUACUUCUUUCUCUCCACACAAGUUACAAUGAGACAAACUUCUAAGGACAUUUUAUUCAUAAUAAACAUUGGAUAUUAAUAUACUGAGUAGUCUCUACAAGACUCUUGAUCAUCGUUUGCCUUUAUUUCAUCUCAUUGAAAAAUCCAAUCUGAUUGCCAAUCCCAACUUUAGUAAGUGAGGUGCAUUAUCGGAACAAGUUGGUCAAAGAUUUUGUUGCAGUGAGAUGUCAAUUGGAAUAGGAGGUGAUUACUCUUAUAAAUAAAAUAUCUUGUUUCAAAAUUUAGCUAAAACAAAUCAAUUUUACAAACAGAACAUUAUGUGUUUGUCUUGUUUAUUGAGGUCAUUUUAAUAGAGUUGAUGUGGAGACAAUAUUUCCUAUAGUGGGGGAGACUAGGAGCACAGGACAUGGCCUCAACAGAGGGACAUCCAUUUUGAACAGAGAUGAGGAGGAAUUUAUUUGGCCAGACGGUAGUGAAUCUGUGGAAUUCUCCCCCACAGAUGGCUGGAUGCAUUUAAAGCAGAGAUUGACAGGUUCUUGGCUAAUCAGGUCUCCUAAGGUUAUGGGGAGAAGGCAGGAGAAUGAGGUUGAGAGGGAUAGUAAAUCAGCCAUAAUAGAAUGGUAGAGCAGACACGAUGGGCUAAAUGGCCUAAUUCUGCUCAUAUCUCUUAUGGUCUAAUAAAUCACAUAGACUUUGAUAUCUUUUUUAAUAAUUAGAUGCAUUGUCUGUUUUCUGAUCAGAUUAAUAACUAGACUGGCAGAGAUAUAAAGGACAUAAUGAUUUAGAAAAUAUUUAUAACUUGGAUCAUAAAGGCUCCCUAGAUUUAUUUGUGAAAUUGUUGUUGCAUCAAUGUUGACCAUGUUCACUAGGUCACCAGCAUAACUGAUACAGCUUGCUGGUCAGAUUUUAAUCAAAUGCACAAACCUGGAAAAUUUAAACAAUUUUGUUCAUCAUGCAUCAACUAAGGAAGGUUUCAUGAUGAAAAGGAGAUGGUAAAAGAGAAGAAGUAACUGGAAGUUAAUGAUAAUCUCUAUUGGGUUCAAGGGUGGGAGGACAUGAAGACCUAUGGUCUUGGGUGCAGUUUGAUGGAACUAGGUAGCAUGGACUAGGUGGGUCAAAGGGCCUGUUUCUCUGCUGUAGUACUCUAUGACUUCUCUGUAUAUGGUUUCCAAUUUGAAAAUGUCUUUAGAAAUUCGGUCUGAACUUUAGACGAUUAAACAAACAUCUGACAAAGUGUUGAAAAACAAAUAACUACAGGUGCUGGAAAUCUGAAAUCAAAAAUAGACAAUACUGUAAAUACUUACCAGGUCAAGCAAAGACCAAAUCUUCUUUAAUCCCUUUAUCACCAGUGAAAUGAUUCGUCAUGCACGAACUGAAGUGAUUCACUUUGAAAGAUUGAACUUGAAAGCAGAAGGCAGAAUAUAGGGUUAAUUGCAGGAUUCUUAACAAUGUGGAGGAACAGAGAGACCUUGGUCUCAUGUUCAUAGAUACCUCAAAAUUAUUGGGUGGCUAGGAAGGUGUCUCCUUCACAAGUCAGGGGACUGAGUUCAAGAGCUGCGAGAUAAUAUUGCAGCUCAAUAAAAUCCUGGUUACAGCACAUUUGGAGUAAUGUGUACUAUUCUGGUCACCACAUUAUAGGAAGGAUGUGGAAGCUUUGGAGAGGAUGCAAAAGAGAUCUAUCAGGAUGCUGCCAGGAAUAGAGGGCAAGUCUAAUGAGAAUAAGUUAAGUGAGCUAGGGCUUUUCUCUUUGGAGAGAAGGAUGAGAGGUGACUUGAUAAAGAUGUACAAGAUGUUAAGAGGCCUAGAUAGAGUAGACAGCCAGCACUUUUUUCCUUGGUUGGAAAUGGCUCAAACAAAUGGGUUAUAACUUUAAGGUAUUGAGGGGGAAGUAUAGGAUAGGAAUGUGGAGCACAAUGCCAGUGGUGGUAAUAGAGGCAGAUACAGUAGGGACAUUUUAAGAGAUUCUUAGGCACAUGGCUGAAAGAAAAAUUGAGAGCUACAUUGGAGGGAAAUGAUAGAUUGGUCUUAGAGUGGGUUAAAGAGUUAGCAAAUUACCAUGGGCUAAAGGGUUUGCACACACCAAGGGCCAAAGGGCCUGUAUUGUACUGUUCUAUAUUCACUAAUACCCUGCAAGCCUUAUUACAAACUAACUAGCUCUAUUUUCUUGGCAUGCACAUCAACAAUGUAAUCAUAGACACAUUUAUAAUUUUAGAUUCUUGUUAAGCUCUUAAAACUAAAUGAAAGCAUCUAUUUGAAUCAUAUGAUACAGCAUGCUGAUAAACUGAGCCCUUGAUAUUCUCCAUUAUAUCCUUAUUCUACUCAACAGUCUAAACUACUUUAUUUUUGGGUGUGGAGACAAACAGUAACCAGGUUUCAUACUUGAAGUGUUGGUUUAUUACAGGAGAAAUAUACCAGUUUCCCACUAAACAGCACAAAACGAGAAUCACAAAGCAAACUUUGCCAUUCACAGAACUCUAUCCUAUUAAAGUCUGCAUAUUAUGUGUUGCACGAUGCCAUAAGCUGAAAUUCAUUGAAGGUGAAAUUCAUGGGCUCAAGGAUGAUAGAAAAAUGGAGGGUAAUGUAAGAGGGAAGGGUUAGAUUCAUCUCAGAGUAGGUUAAAAGAUCGGCACAACAUUGUGGGCUGAAGAGCUUACACUGUGCUAUGUUCUACAUUUAGAAAUUCAUUAGCUUGUUCAAAAGCUAGCCUCACAGUAUCAUUCCACAAAAGUGUAGCAGUUAGUGCAAUGCUAUUGCAGCUUGGAGCAUUGGAGUUCAGAAUUCAAUUCUGGCAACCUCUUUAAGCAAGUUAGUACGCUCCCUCUAGGUGAUCUGCUUUCCUCCCAUAAUCCAGAGAAGUACCAGGUAGUAGGUCAUUGUAAAUUGUCCCAUGAUUAGGCUAGGCUUAAAUCGAUGGGUUGCUGGGUGGUGCAGCUUAAAAGGCCAGAAGAGUCUAUUCUGCUUGUCUCUCUAAAUUAAUUAAAUAAAUAAGCAAACAACCAAGCAGGCAACACUAGGUUGCAACUGGACUUAUAAAUAAAUUUCCCUUUGAAAUCCUAAUGCAACAUACUAUUAUUAACUGUACUGUUUAUAGAUUGAUGUGAUAACUGUUUUUUGGAAUGCAAAUUGGAUUACUUUGGACUUUUAUUGGUGAAUACGAUAUACUUUAUGUUUUGCAUUAUGCUAGGUAACAUGGCUAGGGGAGGCAAACCUCAUAAUAUCACUGAAAGUACAGUUUAGGCAAUUAUGGUGAGAGAAAACAUCUGGUCAGAGCCGAUGUGGAAAACACAUUUGGUAGACUAAAGCCAGAAUAGGAUGUAGAACUAUUGAGGUUCUUUCUUGAUUAUACUGUUAGUAUCAGGCAGAAUGGCAGACAUAUUGGCCAGUGGCAUCAAUGGCCAAAUUCUCAAAAUCAGAAUCUGAUUUAUUAUCUCUGAAGUAUGACAUGAAAUUUGUUUUGUGGCAGCAGGACAGUGCAGUACAUAAAAGUACUAUCAAUUACAAUAAGUAUAAAAACAUAAGUAUUGUAGAAAGAGCAAAAUAUUGUGCUACUUUUCAUGGGUUGGUUCAUUGUCUGUUCAAAAAUUUGAUGGUGGAAGGGAAUAUGAUUUCUUUUAUUAGGAUUUCUUUCAUUAUGUUUCCCUUUCAUAUUGCAUUAGAAUUCUCCUGCACUCUCCAGUGGUUAAAACACAAAAUCCAACACUCUGCUGCAAGGAGAGAGGAGUCAUUAGAAGGAAGUUUGAAAAAUGUUUUUCAUUGUGAUUUUAAAGUUAUCAUUUGUAUGGUAGGAUCAUAAUGGGAAAUCAUGCAAUAUAAGAUUCAGGCGUACAUCCACAUUGAAAUGGCACCCUCUUUCUAGGUAGUAAGACAGACUCAGCUGUACAGCAGCAACUCUAAAUCUUACACUGUAAAACAGAACCCUUUCAAAUCCUCAUUCCUACCUCUGUACAGCAGUGUUCAAUUUUUGAUUAAAAACAUGAGCUCCCAAUUCAUUCUUUGGAAAAUACCAAGAGUACAGCUCCCUUGAGAGGGUUGAAGAGAGGUCUGAGAGAAAUGAUGGAGAAAAUGGGCAAUUUGAAUUCAAGCUGAAAAUACCCCAGAGAAAACUUUCUGAGACAAGACCAUUUACUUCUGUGUUUUACGCUGCUCCUCAUCUUAAAAAGGUGUUGCCUUUAUUCAGGCUGGUUGCAAUAAUGUUUUCUGUGUAAAAUAUUUUGUAAAAACAUAAAACAAUGCUGUAAAAAUGCCUAUCUAUCACUUCAAUGCCAUUGCAACAGCGGCAUUAUCAUUAUACCAUUCCACUACUGCUGUUAACUUGAAGUAGGUGCAAGAGAUCCUUUUGUACAGAGAUAUAUUUUUAAUGAGGAAUUUGUAAAAUUAUUAAAUAUGCCAGACCUUUUACAAUAUUGUAGGUAAAAAGGUGUUAAAAUAAAUGUGUUUUUACUAUGUAAAAGAAGUAAUUUUCCCUAUACUGUAAAAAAAAAAGAAAUCUUGUUUAAAGAGUAGUAUCUAUAGCUGGUUUUAAACUUUUGAUUUUAUUGCACAUGAAAGUUACCAUUGCAGUGGCCUGUUACAAUGAAGAGUAUUCCCUUUCUACCAUUAAAACCUGUGAUACAAGACUGUACUCACACCUGUGCAAUGCUGCCCACCUUUGAAGCUAAUUUAAAAUUCUAAUUAAAUACU